UUUGGCGUUACUGUAGAGUGUUUGUAGCUGUGGUUUGGUUGUGCAUAUGUCUACGAGAGGGAAGUUUGGGUGUCGUGUCGUGUAAUUUAUAUUGGUGUAUUUAUGUCUUUAAGCGAUAGGCAGGAUAUGUAAUGUGGCCUUUGCGGCAAGGAGUGUUGAAAUAGCCUCAUUGUUUGGUUCAUCAUUAUUCCCUGAAACAUCUUGAGGACACCAGACAGGGAACCAACAUCACUCCUGCAACAUGGCAUAUCGACGUGGUCGAAAAGGUAUUAGAGAAGCAUAUGAAGACCACUUCUCAUCAGCAGAUGCAAGAGAGGUGACGGUUCAUCGAGUUGUCAAUAUUGUUGAAAAGAGGAACCCAAUGCCACGGCUGGGGGUGGAAUUUGAUAGAGGAUUUAAUGAUGACUCAUGGUACGGUAAUCCUCGAAAUUACCAAGAAAGUUACCAGGACAGUUACCAGAACAAUUACCAGGACAAUUACCAGGAAGAAAGAGGUCAUAGUGAAGGGAGCUAUCCACCCAAUGAUCGCCGAUACUUUGAUGAUAACCCCAACUUUGGGAAUUAUCGCAGACAUUCCUCUCCACCAAGAAAUGGGGCCUCGUACUCUCAACAGAGCUAUGGAAGAGAUGAUCUGAGGCAUCAGUUAGACUCAAGGAGCAGUGGCAGACUUCAUCAUUUCCGCAAAAGAGGUCAAGGGUUAGGCCCUCCUCUGAGGACAGAACAGGACAGAAAAGCCAAGACCUGUCAGCCUCUUGUGAUCACGCGGGAACGCUCUCCUGGAAAGAGGGAAGCCCAGCCAUCUGUAACUAUUCGCUCUGGAUCAAAUACCAACAGGAACUUCUCUCCUGACAGGGACAAAGGCUAUCCAUAUCAGCAGGCACAGCAAAAGCAUAAGCCCAAUGUGGUCACAAGCCACACUCCCAGCAGCUCUGUGGAGGGGUCUCCUCACGUUUCAGGAUCUUCAAAGGAAAAACCUUCAGCAUCUGUAGUGGUGUCGGAGGAGGUGGCGGCUGCCAGCAUGGAGCCAAAGCUGACACCAGAGGAGGACUUCAAGGCUCGCCGGUUGGAGGCCAUUAAGGCUAAGGCUCUGGAAAUUGAGACGCAUUACAGGCAGGACUGUGAGACAUUUCGCACAGUGGUGAAGAUGCUGGUGGCCAAGGAGCCCAGCUUGGAUAAUCUGCUGCAAGCUCCACUAGAUGCAAACCUGUUGGAGAUCAAACAGCACUGCCUUGAUGCCCUCAGAAACUUCAUGAAGGAGCUGGAUGAGAUAUGAGACUCAUCAGCAUAAACCACACAUGGUAAAAUGCUGAGGUGACAAUGUGGAGUAUUAACACAAAGAAUCUAUCCAAAGUUUUACAUUUUUAACUCUUCAUCAUCGUCUUUAGUCAAAUAUUAGUAAUAAUGACUUUUUUUAAAUCACUCAUAAGUAUUCGAAACAAAGACAGAAAAGAGGAUGUAUCAAGACUAGAUUGAAUUAGAAGUCUAAUGGAGAUGUGGUUACAGUAAAAUACCUUUUGUAUUUUGAGUAAAAUCAAAAGGACUUUAAAGGAAUUAAAUGCAAGAGGUACAGUUUCUAUGAAAGACUCAACAACUUAGGCUGCAUGUUUUAAUGAUGGAUUAUGUUGCCAAAAUCAGCUAUGUGCUUGGUUGGUCUUAUUGCUGAAUCCUAUUGAUGAUGCACUGCCAGAAAAAUGAGUAAAUCAUAAAACUAAUUUUGUGAAGUGUAAAGAAUUUUGCUUCUGUUUUUUACUUUUCUUGGCACUAUGAUUGCAAAUGCUACUUAUGCAAACUUAAAGAGAGAUUGAUGUCUUUUAAAUGGGGUUUUAUGGGGUGCUUACCCUCAGCCAGCGUAUUACCAACAACAUAACCCACACGCUUCGAGUUUGGAGAAGCAGAGACUACUGUCAGGGAUGCCAAGUAUACUGCUGUUAUUGGGGUCAACAGCAAAAUAUAUUUUAGCCACCUAAAAGACAUCCACCUAAAAAAAAAACUCAAUAUCCACUAUAGUGUACACUGUUUAGAAUAGUCCCAUUGCUUUACCUCAUCAUCAGACACUUCUUUAGCCCUAUAUUUUGUCAGCCAAAGAACUUCCAUAUUCUUGCUCACCUGUGUAGAUCAGCUGAUCAUCCUUCCAGCGAUCUACGAUAGGUAACACUGGCUAUGAAUCAGUACCUCAUACGACUCCACUUCAAAGAACACAAGUAUUCGUCAGCCAGUAUUGAAGGGUCCAACUCUAUGUUUUACCAGUGCAUUACAAUUUCAUACAAAGGAGACUGCAUUAUAUAAGUCAUGUAUUGUCUUACAUUCAGUUUAAAGUGAACUUAUGAAUAUUAUCUUUCAGACUUGUAGAAAAACUUUUGUAAAUAAAUGGGGAGGCCUUAAACUAAAA